GUCAUACAUCAGCUCGCGUCACGAAACAUACUCGCGAGAAGCAACAUAGCGCGUUGCACAGGUUCUUUCGCUCGCGUUUGCCACGCGUGCAGUUUCCGGGGAAUGGUUGCUGUUCAAUAAAACUUGCGAGGAGCGGGGAUGUCAGCAGUAAGAGGCAAGGGCGGGGCCCCGCUUGGGGGUCUCGCCCCUGUCGCAGGAAGCGCGAACACGCAGCAGGCGAAGAAGCUGGUCAUCAAGCCGCUUAAAGUCAAGCCCGAGCUCCCCGCCAACUUCGAGGAGUCGACAUGGAGCAAGCUGCGCGAUUGCAUCAUUGCGGUGCAUUGCAAACGCCCCGUGUCCAACAGCCUGGAGGAGCUGUACACGGCGGUUCAGGAUAUGUGCAUGCAUAAGAUGGCGGAUAAGCUUUACACCCGCCUGCAAAAGGAGUGUGAUGCGCACAUCGCGGCGCACGUGGGCUCGCUGGGCGACUGCCUGGGUCUGGACGCGGUGCCGUACCUGGACCGUGUGGACAGCGUGUGGCAGGACCACUGCAGCCAGAUGCUGCUGACGCGGCAGAUCUUCCUGUACCUGGACCGCACGCACGUGCUGCAGCUCAGCAGCAGCGCCACGCCCGUCAAGUCCAUAUUCGACAUGGGGCUGGCGCUGUUCCGCACACACCUGGCGGAGCGGCCGCAGAUCAAGGAGCGCACAGUAGAGGGGCUGCUGGAGCUGGUGCAGCGGGAGCGCUGCGGCGAAGGCGUGAACCGGGCCCUGCUGCAGCGGCUGCUGCGCAUGCUGUCCUCACUGGGCAUCUACACGGACGCCUUCCAUGAGCCAUUCAUGAAGGCGAGCGGGCAGUUCUACCGGUCCGAGGGCGAGCGGCUAGUGGCGGAGCUGGACGUGCCGGCCUACCUCAAACACUGCGAGACGCGGCUGGGCGAGGAGUUUGAGCGCUGCAGCGAGUACCUGGAUGCCUCCUCGCGCCGCCCGCUCAUCGCCGCGGUGGAGGGCGCGCUGGUGGCGCGGCACACCGGCCCGCUGCUGGACCGGGGGCUGGGGCCGCUGCUGGACGGGCACCGUGUGGGUGACCUGGGCCGCCUGUAUGGGCUGCUGGGGCGGGUAGGCGCGAGCGAGGCGCUGCGGGCGGCGUUCCGCGAGUACGUGCGCUCCACCGGCCUGGCGCUGGUCAAGGACGAGGAGAAGGACAAGGAGAUGGUGGAGCGGCUGCUGGACCUCAAGUCGCGGCUGGACGAGGUGGUGGCGGGCGCCUUCGGCCGCAGCGAGGCCUUCGCCGCCACCCUCAAAGAAAGCUUUGAGUACUUCAUCAACCAGCGCGCCAACAAGCCCGCGGAGCUCAUCGCCAAGUUCAUUGACGCGCGGUUGCGGGCGGGUGGGCGCGGGGCAGCGGCAGGCGCGGCGGGUGCCGGCGGCAGCGGGGCGGGCACUGGCGGCAGUGAGGAGGAGCUGGAGGCGGCACUGGACCGGGCACUCAUACUGUUCAGGUACAUCCAGGGCAAGGACGUGUUCGAGGCCUUUUACAAGAAGGACCUGGCCAAGCGCCUGCUGCUGGGGCGCAGCGCCAGUGUGGACGCCGAGAAGGCCAUGAUUGCAAAGCUAAAGGUUGAGUGCGGCAGCCAGUUCACUGCCAAGCUGGAGGGCAUGUUCAAGGACGUGGAGCUCAGCGACGACGUCAUGGCGGCCUUCAGGGGGGCGCCGGCGGCGGCGGGGCUGCCGUCCGGCGUGGACGUGGCAGUGUCUGUGCUCACCAGCGGCUACUGGCCCACCUACCCCGUCACAGAGGUCAAGCUGCCAGAGGUGCUGGACCGCGCCGGUGCGGUGUUCCGCGACUUCUACCUGUCCAAGUACAGCGGGCGGCGGCUGGUGUGGCAGCACAGCCUGGGCAGCUGCAUGCUGAGGGCCAGCUUCCCCAAGGGCAUGAAGGAGCUGUCAGUCAGCACCUUCCAGGCUGCGGUGUUGAUGUUGUUCAAUGACACUGACACGCUGUCGUACAAGGACGUGCUUGCGGGCACCGGGCUGGAGGAGAAGGAGCUCAAGCGCACGCUGCAGAGCCUUGCGUGCGGCAAGGUGCGCGUGCUGACCAAGGAGCCCAAGGGCCGUGACGUGAACGACGACGACAGCUUCUCCUUCAACACGGGCUUCACGGAGAAGCUGUUCCGCAUCAAGAUCAACUCCAUCCAGAUGAAGGAGACGGAGGAGGAGAACAAGAAGACCAACGAGCAGGUGCUCCAAGACCGGCAGUACCAGAUCGAUGCGGCGCUGGUGCGCAUCAUGAAGACGCGCAAGACGCUGAGCCACAAGCUGCUGGUGGCGGAGGCGCUGCAGCAGCUCAAGUUCCCGCUCAAGGCGGCGGACCUCAAGAAGCGCAUUGAGAGCCUCAUUGACCGCGAGUAUCUGGCACGAGACGCCAACGAUGCAAACGUGUACAACUAUCUCGCCUGAGGUGCCUGCUGUGGGUCAGCCAGGAAAGCAGCAUGAGUGGCUGCGGAAGCGCCGGAUUGACAUGCCGGCACGCCGGUUCAGGUUACGCUGAUGGCGCUGGCGUUGAAGAGCGGAUGCCGCACCCAUCGUGCAGCUGCCGAUGGUGCAAGGCUGGCUCAGGGCCCAUCCUAUGGGCGGUUCAGCAGCUAACAGAAUCGUGCUAGUGCGUAUGGCGGGGUGAGUGCGAAGCACGGAUUGCUUAGUGCAGCUUCCGCCUCAGGGCGCAUACAGGCACCGCAGGUGGUGGACAGGGCUGGGGUAGUGCAGGCGGCAGGUGGCAGGGAGACGCAGGGUUGAGCGCAGGGCACCGGAUGCAGCGGCUGGUAUAUGCGUGACAAGGCGCCUGAACUUGUAGCGCCAUGGUAUGCCUAGCGGACGGCAUGUUGCUGUUGAUGGAGCAGGUAUGGCUACUGUGCAUGGGCGCAGUGCGGUACGGGCAGUGCAUGCCGAAGCUGUCAGGUCUGUAACCCUGACGACAU